UUGGACCAAACAGAAACUGUCACAGAGGACUUCCCUGAUGCACCUGCUAAAGACCAGAAACUUUUUGGGGAGGUCAAAGGUCGAGACACCUGCUCCAUCCCGUGUGACAUCACAGUUAAGCUGCUUCGAGAUGAGAAACACUCCAUCUGCGGCCAGUUACAGCAGUCUCUGCUGGCGUUCGGGCGCAGCACUCGCAAGCUGAUCAGGGAUGUGAUGGAGGAGCAGCAGAGAGCUCUGGAUGUCCUCAGCGCUCAGGUCACAGAGCUGAUGACCAAAGUGCAGACACUCAGCUCCGAAGUUCAGAGAAGCAACACCGAGAUGUACAGCGUAAAACCUGUGCAAUCCCACGGACGAGACUGCAGUGACAUCAAGGACAAUCUUUUGUCAGUCGUUCCAAAGAUCCCCAGUGGAAUUUACAUAGUUCAUCCAGACAAUACAGAUUCCUCUUUUGAGGUUUUCUGUGAGAUGGACUAUAUGGGAGGUGGAUGGACAGUGAUGCAGAGGAGGACUGAUGGAUUAACUGACUUCAAACGACCCUGGGCUGAUUAUAUUGACGGCUUUGGAAACCUUGCAGGAGAGCAUUGGUUGGGCCUAAAGAAGGUGUUUCAGAUAGUUAACCAGAAAGAUGCUCGGUUUCAACUUCACAUUGCCCUGGUUUCCAAAGAUGACAUCACUUCUUAUGCAUCAUACGACGACUUCCGCCUCGAUAAUGAAACGCAGUUCUUCAGAAUACACUUGGGCAGAUAUGCAGGCAGCGCUGGUGAUGCGUUCCGUGGCUACGAACAGGAAGAGAACCAGGACACAGCUCCCUUCAGCACCUCAGAUGUGGACAAUGACGGCUGCAACCCAUUCUGCUCCACGGGAAACAUCACGCUGGAGAGCUGCAGCAUGCAGCACAACCACACAGGGUGGUGGUUCAACCAGUGCGGCCUCGCAAACCUCAACGGCUCUCCUGAUGAUGGGGAGCAGCGCCAGGGACAGAGGACGCGCAUCCUGUGGGACACCUGGAGGCACAACAGGGUCCUUCACGAAAUCAAAUCUGUCACAAUGAAGAUCAGAAGAAUUGCAACUAACAAUUGA